GGCGAAAAAUGAAGUCGGCUAUUGCAAACCGAAUAAGGAAGAAGCUAUAGCCAAAUAUAACCCGCCAGCUAUUGCACUACGUCUACUUUCACUUGUUUCACCUCCCUCGCACCUGCUUGACACGAGCUGAGAUGAGAUCACUUGUCAUCCUUUUUGUGAGACUUAUACUAACCCUAUUGUUUACUGCGUGUAGCACAAAAGGAUACAAACCAGUAAUAAUUGUCCACGGACUGUUCGAUGGCCCAAAGCAAUUCGAUAUCCUGAAACGUUUCAUUACGAAGUCCCAUCCAGGUACUACUGUGUCUGUGAUUGACCUGUAUGACCACCUAUUCAGCCUGGAGCCUCUAUGGAAACAAGUUGAGGGCUUCAAGAAUGCAGUCUAUCCUAUUAUGCAAAGUGCCACAGAUGGAAUACAUCUAAUCUGCUUCUCUCAAGGUGGUCUUGUAUGCAGAGGUCUUAUUGCAACACUGGAUAACCAUAAUGUUCACUCUCUCAUCCUUCUCUCCUCUCCUUUGGCCGGGCAAUAUGGAGACACCGCCUAUUUGAAGCUUUUCCCCAAAUUGCUGAAGUCAGAGGUUUACCACAUUUGCUACACUCGUUGGGGGCAGAGAGUGUCCAUAUGUAACUACUGGAAUGACCCACAUCACAGAGAGAGAUAUUUGAAAAUGUGUAGUUUCCUGGCUCAGCUGAAUGGAGAGACUGCACACCAGAACAGCACAAGGUGGCGUAAAAAUGUGUUACGCAUCAAAACACUGAUACUGAUUGGAGGCCCUGAUGAUGGAGUAAUUACGCCAUGGCAGUCAAGUCUGUUUGGCUUUUAUGACAAGAAUGAAAACAUUGUUGGCAUGAAAGACAUGGAUUGGUAUAUCAAAGAUGUGUUCGGACUGAAGACACUGCAUUCGAGGGGAGAUCUGAAGGAAUACAUUCAUGCUGGUGUCUUGCAUACAAAAUGGCAUUCAAACUAUACUGUGUAUAAUGAAAGCAUAGAUAAGUGGCUGACUUAAAACCUUUUUCUUUCUGUUGCUAGUGAGACAAUGGACUUUCUAGUAUAGGUUUCUGCUUUAUCAAUACUUUCCCUGAAUAAUGUUUUUAUUCAAAUAUCACAAUAAUCUUCAUUAUAUCUGGUAGAUUAACCAACUGUACAAGUACUCAAAACCUUCUGAUGGUCCAGUAGUGCAUACGGAAUAAAGUCUUUUUUAGCAAUGGUGUUGCUUUCAUGAAAUGAAAUCUGUGAUUCUGAUCUGAAGGCAGUUUAAGCCCUCAAUAAAGCAUCACACAAAUCAAAUCACCAGUAUACUGC